AUGGCGUUGCUGUAUGCGCUUCUCUCCGCCUGUAUCGCUGAUAAACCCGUCUCGCAAGAGGAAGAGGACAGGAAGUCGUCGCUCUUCACGAAGGGCUAUGAUGCUCGGCAUCGUGUCGCUCUUCGGUUGAUAGCGGCAUGGCUUGACGUCAAGUGGAUCAAAAUGGACUGCAUUCCAGAUAAUAUAUCCAAUGAAAUUCUGAACAUCUUGGCAUCACUUGGACACACUACGCCAGGUGAUACAUAUGCUCUCAUUCUCUUCGACCCGACAGGUUUAGCUGCACCAGCCAUUGCUGCAGGAUUUGGUGCUCUAGCUCCAACACUGGGCACACUUGUCCCUUUCAUAGGAGCCAGUGGAUUUGCUGCUAUGGCUGCUGCGGCAGGAUCUGUUGCUGGCUCCGUGGCAGUUGCUGCCUCAUUUGGAGCUGCUGGGGCUGGCUUGACGGGUACCAAAAUGGCAAGACGAAUUGGUAAAGUGAAAGAAUUUGAGUUCAAACCUAUUGGUGAUAACCAUAAUCAGGGUCGCCUUGCUGUUGGCAUCCUGGUUUCUGGAUUUGCAUUUGAUGAGGAGGAUUUCUGUAAACCUUGGGAAGGCUGGAAGGAUAACCUAGAGAAGUACAUCCUUCAAUGGGAGUCCAAGCAUCUAAUCGCAGUGAGUACAGCAAUACAGGAUUGGCUGACAUCAAGACUUGCAAUGGAAUUGAUGAAACAAGGUAAAUGCAAACUCUCUACUUUUUUUCCUGAUUCUAAACUGGUCAGGCCUGUGACUCUCGUUGGGUUCUCGCUUGGAGUGCGAGUCAUAUUCAAGUGCUUACAGGUUGAUGUUACCGAGCUUGUUGAUGGCCAUUCUUCGUACCUGUCGGCUGCCCAGCAGAUCCUGGAGCGUCUUGAACUGAAUACCUACUAUCCUGUUUUUGUUCCCCUUCCGGAGGCCAGGAAAUAA